AUGGGAAGAGACAGCAAUGGAGUCGCUGAGGAGAGCAUAGAUUCACUGCAGGUGGUCAACUAUCCUUGCACUCGCCUUAUCACAUUAAAUCGCCCAGAUGUGCUUAAUGCAUUAUCCCUUGAAAUGGCACAGCACAUACUGUGGUUACAUCUAAAGAAGCCACACCCUUAUUUUCCUCGUGAUGCUAUAUAUAUACUUAAAGGCGCAGGAAACAAGAGUUUUUGCGCUGGUGGUGAUAUUCGUGCUAUUGUUGCUAACGGUACUUUAUUUCCAUUCCUAAAUAUGACAUAUCGUCUAAAUUAUUAUAUACGCACUAUGCCAAACCCGCAAGUUUCUCUUUGGAAUGGUUACGUUAUGGGUGGCGGUGUUGGUGUCUCUAUUCAUGGACGAUACCGUGUGGCAUCAGAACGGGCACUCUUUGCAAUGCCGGAAACUCUUAUUGGCAUGUUUCCUGAUAUUGGUGCUUCUUGGUUUCUUCCGCGUUUACCAUUUCGUGGACUUGGCCUUUAUCUUGGUCUCACUGGUGCACGCCUUAAAGGAGCAGAUGUGGUACACACUGGUCUGGCUACUCACUAUGUUCCAUCUGAGAAGUUUAAUCAACUAGAGGAAUCUCUCUGUCAAAUUGAUGAUCCUUCAAAGGUUGAACCCUGUCUUGAGGAGUUUGCGGUGAAACAAUUACCACAGUUCACACUGGAACCCCACUGUAAACUCAUUGAGGAUAUCUUUACAUUAAAGGAUACGACUACCGUGGAGGGUAUUAUUGAUGCCCUUUCUGCUGAUGGAAGUGAUUUUGCAAAAGAAGCACUAAAACAAUUAGACAAGGCAUCCCCAACGUGUCUUAAGAUUACUUUAGAGUUAAUGCGAAAGGGGGCGGCGUUAAAAACGAUGCGAGAAGCCAUGUCCAUGGAAUAUAAUGUAAUUCAACGAAUAGCGCAGGGUAAUGAGUUCAAUAUCGGUGUGAAAGCAUUGUUGAUUGACAAAACAAAAGAACCCCAAUGGGAUCCAAAAACACUGCAGGAAGUCACCCCAUCGUAUCUUGAACACUUCUUUAGUAAUGAGGGACUACUGCCGUGGGACCCAGAGGCCGCCUUCUGA